AUGCCCAAUAAGCAAGCCGUUUUCAUACCUGGGGAAGCUAUAGUACUGCCUUGCAAAGUUAAUGCUUGGCCAACUCCAAGGUCAGGUCAGUUGCAUAAAACAUUAUUUUUUAGGUAUCGUUGGACAAAAAAUGGACAGGACUUUAACUGGGCAGGCAAUAUUGGUCGUUAUACAAAGUAUCCAGGAGAAGGCACUAUUGUUCUAGCUAAACCUGGAACUGAUGACGAUGGAUUGUACCAAUGUUUUGCUGAAAAUAAAUAUGGUGUAGCUGUAUCAAAUGUGAUAAAUGUAAAACGCGCAGAGAUGGGACAAUUCGUUGACCCCAAAACUACAACAGUCGUGAGGAGAAUAGGGGAAUCCGUGUCACUGCCAUGUCAAGUGCCUCUAGGCUAUCCGCCUCCGGUUGUUACUUGGCAAAUGUCGAAGGAUGCCCAACUAGACUACAUCAAAGAAACCAGCCGGCUAGCAAUUGAUGUGGAUGGCACUCUUCAUAUCGCUGCGAUUCUUUCCACGGACGACGGCGUCACUUUUCAAUGUGUUGCAAAUAAUGAGAUCAUUCGGGAGCAAACAACCGGUCCGGGAUACAAAAUUACGGCAAGAUAUCCAGAGAUAAACCAGCCAAUAACAUUUUUAUAUCAAACGCCUUACACAUCACUUGCUGUUGUUGGUGAAGUCCUUCGUCUACAGUGCAUUUUGGGUGGUUAUCCUCUUCCAAGUUAUCGUUGGUAUAAGGAUGGCAAAGAUGCAACUUUGUCCCCCAACACAAAUAUAGUUAACAUGGGGACAACUUUGGAGAUAAAUCCUGUAACGAAUGCCACUGCAGGACAGUACCGAUGCCAGGGUGUUAAUGAGGCAACUAUGACUUCGAUGAACUAUGAGUACGAAGUGAGAGUGAAGUCUGCUCCAAAAUUUACUACUUUUCCGGUUGAUACGAUGGUACCAGAGAAUGGAAGCGUGAUAUUCACUUGUGAGGCCGAAGCCGAUCCUAGACCGAAGGUUAGGUGGACUGUCAACGGACUUGAUCCCUCUUUUUAUCUUGAUGGAGUAAGGAAACUUAUUAGUGGAAAUACCAUGAUUCUUAACAACUUGACGGUUGACGACAACGCAGUGAUUCAAUGCAACGCAUCCAACUCCUUCGGCUAUGAUUUUGUCAACGCUUUUAUUAAUGUACUUCGAGAGCCGCCCUACAUCUAUGAGGCACCACCGAAAAACCUGAGACAGACAGAGGGUACAUUAGUGUUGCUGCCAUGCCGAUCCUACUCUGCGCCGAGGGCUCUUGUAGCCUGGCGCAAGGAUGGUCGUCCCAUCAAUGGUGGUCGUUAUCAGGUGAUGGAGAACGGUGACCUCAUCAUCGAGUCAGGUACGGUGGCAGACACGGGAAUGUAUGAGUGUACGGCGACGAAUCCCUUCGGUGUGACAAAGGCUGCGGGCUCGCUAGCAGUACGUCGGCGCACACGGGUCACCCUGGCCCCCAUCGAGACGUGGGUGUACGAGGGCCAACUGGUGAAGUUCGUCUGCACCGCAGACACCGACCCGGAGGAGGUGGCAAAUCUGAGGGUGACUUGGUAUAAGGACAACAACCUCAUCGAUCCCUUGCUUACGCCGCGGAUAGAACGAGUAGGCUUUGACUACUCCCUCGUCAUAGGCGGUGCGCAGGCUCUUGAUACCGGACAAUACCGUUGCAAUGCCUCCAAUGGACUUGACUUUGCCACUGCCACAGCUUCUCUCCUCGUUCAAGGCAAACAUAUCGGCAGGCCAAAUCAGCCACGCAAUCUGGUGGAGGACUGCAUCACUUUUGCUCCAUCACGGCGAGCCAUGCUGAAGUGGGCUCCCGGCUCCGAUAACUAUGCCCCAAUCAUCGAGUACAUCGUCGAGUUCUCGACACAAUACGAACGCGAGACUUGGUAUCGAGCUGAGAUCUACAACUUGACCGGUCUACUGCAGGCUACCGAUGCUAAGAUAGUCCUUCGUCCAAAUAUAGACUACCGGUUCCGCAUUCGCACCCGCAAUAGAGUGGGACUUUCAGAACCCAGUGUCGCCACCACGGGAACUUGUUCAAUUGCGGCCACAGAGCCAGACAGCAAUCCAAGGGAGCUCUACGUGUACGGAACUGCACCGAAUAACCUUGUUAUUCAGUGGUCUACUAUGCCGUACAUUGAACACUAUGCAAACAACCUCGUCUAUUUGCUCACCGUUCGCUGUCUUAACUGCAACAACAUACGUCCAGGAGAUAUCAACACAACGAUAAUUAGUGACUGGAGAACAGAUCGAAUCACGUACACCAUGUUCCAGAGUGGUGACCCAUCCAGUAGGAUCAUACGACCCAUCGAAUCCUACAAGCUGUUUGAGGUGACAAUACAGAGUCGCAACGACAAAGGCACGAGCACAAAGGCACCGACUGUUGCUAGAGGCUACUCGGGUGAGAAUAUGCCCAGCAUUGCGGCCUCUGCUUUGACCGUAGUACGUCCCACCUCAGAUGGAGCCGUUCUGCAGUGGACCAUCAUCCUCCAAAAUCAGGAGCCCUUAGUUAACGGAUUUUUCCGUGGAUAUCGAAUAGAGUGGUGCGAUGCCACGCUUAAUCAGGUUGAGUGUGAAAGACAGAAGAGGUUCCAGGAUGUCCUCUUUCAACGACUGCCUAGUCCAACCUAUUACAUGCGACGACCUCGCUCGCUUAGUGAGGCCCACGAAGAAGGGUCGGAAGACGAAAAUGAGCUUUCAAGCCUUUUGCGUUUCUUCCAUUUCCCUCCUUCCGAUACUAGUUCUACGCUUCCAACCACUAAUUAUCUCCAUGAUGUCGAUGAGGGUUUCUGUCGCAAUCGCGUCUACCAGUCGCCUUCGUGUCUAGGCGAGGCUCUCCAACACGUUCUCUCACGCUCCAGACGCCAACUUGUCACUAUGACGACAGCACCAGAUACAACAGAAACUAUUACUUUGCGAAACUUUUCCUGGGGCGAAACCGUUAAUUACACACUGAUCGGUGUGCCAGGGGCAACUAAGGUUAAGGUGUGGCUACGAAUACUUAACAGUCUUCAUGCUAGCCCUAUGGGUCCCACUGUGACACUGGAGACUCUCGAGGGCCCUCCUGGUCCGGUGUCGGAACUGCGGGCUGUAAUGGUUGGAAUAAACCGCGUUAACAUUUCAUGGAAUCCACCGACCGAGCCCAACGGCGUAAUUACAGGCUACGAUUUCGAGGCGCAUGAAAUUAGGGGUUUAGACAUUGCUUUAUCGUCAAGAUAUCCCACUGUGUAUGAUAGUUCUCUGACCGGUUAUCAAAUGACAGCAUUGCGAUCGAACACUUCUUAUCGGUUGGUUGUGUUGGCACGAACAUCGGCUGGUCUAGGAAUCGACUCUUUUAUUGACGUUACAACCCUGGAUGCAACAUCGACACCUGGAGCUCCAACAUUUUUCGUGUCUGAUAUCACUGAGACGAGUUUUAACAUAACUUAUGAACCCAGUCAUAGAGGAGAGCCGGGCUCGGUAUUCUUUGUCCAGUAUCGAAUACCUGGCAUCAUAUUAUGGCAGGAAUCGCUCCGCGUCUUUCUUUCACGAACCAUUUAUGUUGCUAAUUUACUGCCUUCGACAAAGUACGAGGUGAGAAUGGUAGCAACUAAUGGAGCUUUCCUUUCUACUCCGUCGCCUUCCAAGGCCAUCACGACCUCCGGCCCUCCACCACCGGGAGGCCUAGAGGGAGCCAGUGCCACCUGGUUUGCCAUCGUUAUCAUUCUCCUCAUUCUCAUCAUUUUUACCUUUGUCCUCAUCGUUUGCAUACGUGGGCAGCGUCUCAAGGAAGUCCAAGAGAAGGCUGCGCCAACUGGGACUUUAUUCGAGUCUGCAAUGUUUUUGGAGCCCCAGUCUCUACUGAGUGCGGAGCAGGAGCCUUUGAACCCCACGAUACCCUAUGGAUCAAUGGGACUACCCCAACCACCAGUUGAGCUUGCCUCACCACUCCCUGAGGAUGUUCACCGUGAUCACUUUGAUCGGCCCUACUAUCCAAAUCAACCAAUCAGCGGCAGUGAGAUGAGUUGGGACCCAAUGGAAGAUCGAGUGGCACCUAACGCGGAAGUGGGAGGGGAUGAGGCGAUUGAACUUUCUGACCUUUCAUUGGCCUCUUCUGCUGGCAGAGUGCAUCACUACGUUCCUCGGAGCGUUGGUAGUGCCAGCAGUAAUGGUGGUAGUGGUUCCGGCGAUGGCUAUCGAAGACGUCGUAGCAGUCGUCCACGCGGUCGCAGUGUGGAAAACCAACCCACUAUAAUUUGA